AUGUCGCUCCUCCAGGUCCUGCAGCAGACCAUCCUUCCCACGCGGAAGCCCAGCGAAGACGAGCACGUCCCGGUGCGGCUCCCCAACAUGUUCGUGCUGUUCCUAUCUGGCCAGCCAGACGUAAACCCCUAUUACGAGUCCGUGAGGAGAGCGUCGGAAAUGUGGCUAUCAAACCAGUGCUCAUUCGACGAGCGAGCGCAGCGCAUCUUGUUCAAGACCGACUUUUCAUACUUCUGCUCGAUUUGCGCCCCGUACGCCGGCGCAGAGGAGCUGCGCACCGUGUGCGACUGGGGAAAUUGGGUGUUUCCGUUCGAUGACAUUUUUGAUAACGGGGGACUGAAGGAUGACCCCGAGGGAGCUCAACAGCUGAUCAACAGUUUGUUGGAGGGGAUGGACAAUGAUGGGGUUGCUCCGCGCUCGGAGAACAGCCUAGUCCAGGUGCAUAAUACUGUGUGGGAGAGAGUAGCCAAGGGGUCCCCCGUCGGCGUCCGGCGGAGAUUUGCAAAUGCCAUGAAGAACUAUUGCACGGGGACCCUGGAGCAGGUGCGCAACUGCUCCAAUGGGGAUUACCCGACCUUGCAAGAGAUGCUCGAUUUGCGCCGACAGUCGUCUGGGGUUUCUCCCCUGUUUGCCUUGGUAGAAUACGCACACAAACUCAACCUUCCAGACUCGGUUUUCGAGACGCGAAGCAUCCGGGAGAUCGAGAGACUCGGAAUCGACCUUGUACUGCUACCCAGGCAAAACGAUAUCCUGUCCUACUGCAAAGAAGAGAAAGAAGGGGUCACGCAUAACAUGGUGGCCAUUUGCCGCCACGCUGGGAUGCCGGCCCAAAUGGCCUUUGACCACAUCGGGGAGAUGUUGGUAUCGUGCUAUCGCGACUGGUACAUGGCCCUAGCGGAGCUGCCCAGCUGGGGAGAGCGCAUCGACGCCGAGGUCCAGCAGUACAUCCGGGGCGUCCAAAACGUGGUCAUGGCGAACCUUAAUUGGAGUUUCCGCUCUGGACGGUACUUUGGAAAAGCCAAUGACCAGGUUCGGAAGACAGGGAUCGUGAUGGUACGGCCGCAGAAGGUGGAUUUGGAGUUGUCCAUGUUGAAUCUACAAUCUUCUACUGUAUCCCCCCCAAUCGCCAUGACCAGGCUCAAGCGACGUCGUCCCCGACCAGAAGACUUCACAAUAGCUUGGAUAUGCGCCCUCCCCCUGGAGUACGCCGCCGCGAAGCAAAGCCUCGAUGACUUGUACGAGGAGCUAAACGAGUACACCACUGGCCGUAUCCACAACCAUGAAGUGGUUCUCGUCUGCUUGCCGGCCGGUCGCAUCGGAACAAACGCUGCUGCUGCCGCCGUUGCCAGGAUAGUCUCAACCUUUCCCUCCGUCAAGGCAGGUCUUCUUGUCGGGAUUGCUGGGGGUGUUCCAAGCUCCAAAGCCGACAUUAGGCUCGGUGAUGUUGUCAUCAGCCAACCAGAGGGAAAGUAUGGAGGCGUGGUACAAUAUGAUUACGGAAAGACCAUCACAAAUGGCUUUCAAGAGCGUACCGGAUCUCUGAACUCGCCUCCCCGUAUCUUACUCACAGCUGUUUCCAAAGCCAAGUCGAAUCUGUCCAUUUCCAGAAGAAAUAUCAGUGAGCGUCUUGCUGCCACCAACACGGUUCUGCCUCCUCCAGAGUUCGAUAUACUCUUCCAUUCCUCAUACGACCAUCCCCAAGGGCACAGCACAUGUUCCAGUUGCAACAUGACCAUGCUUGUGGAGCGCGAGCCGCGGCAAGACAAGCAUCCAUUGAUAUUCUUCGGCACCAUUGCGUCCGGAAAUCAGGUCAUCAAGGACGGCAUCUCAAGAGAUCGCAUCAGCUCCGGGCUUGGCGGAGUACUCUGCUAUGAGAUGGAGGCCGCCGGUGUGAUGAACGAACUACCGUGCUUGGUCAUUCGCGGCAUCUGCGACUAUGCUGAUUCUCAUAAGAGCAAACAGUUUCAGCCUUUUGCUGCGGCUACUGCCGCAGCUUGCGCAAGGGAAAUACUUUCCUACGUUCAUGCGACAUCGCCUGGUAGUCAGCAAUUACCCGCUCAUGAUCAUUCCGAGUCGGUCCAGAGCGAAGCUCAGUUUCAGGACCGCCUAACAGCUGAAGAGAAACGGUCCUUCUUAGCGGCUUUGAAGUUCGACCAGAUACAUGCGCGGCACUCCACAAUCCGGCUGGCUCAUGUCAAGACCUGCCAGUGGCUACCACGGAGCGAAAAAUAUCAGCAGUGGCUCGACCCAAACAGCUUUGGCGAGCACCAUGGGUUUUUAUGGAUCAAAGGGAAGCCAGGAGCUGGCAAGUCGACCUUGAUGAAAUUUGCUUUCGGUAAAGCCGUCCGACAAUUUGCUAACGCUACUGUAAUCUCCUUCUUCUUCAACGCCAGAGGCGACGACCUAGAGAAAUAG